ACCGUUAUUGAGUUGUCUUACUUUGAAAACAGGGAACCGGAAGUGUUUGCUAACAACUCUUUUCUUUUUUUUUAGGAAAUAAUAAACCUGCAACGAUAGCUAGACUACUGUAUCUUCAAUACAUUGUAUAUGCACUGAGAGGGGUGUUUAUGUAGUUUUCUGAUAUAAAACGUAACAAGUUGACUGACAAAGCUUUCAACUGCGCUGCUAACGUUAGCUGAACAACUGGCUGCAACGGUUAACGGUCCUGAAAUGGGAACAAGUCCAGAUCCUCAUCUUCCUCGGUCAUCCAUGCACCUGCUGGUUCCUCCGUUGAGGUUGAUGUCAGCCUGUAUGUGGCAGGUGGCCCAAGAGCAAAAUGUUGACCAAUAUGAAAAAGUGGCUGAAUUCAUCACGUUGGUGACAGAGAUGGUUCCAGGGCUGAUGAACUACAGGCUGAGAUCUCAGCUAAUCCUGGGGCUGAGAGCUCGGCUCAUCCUUGAAUUGUUAAAAAGGAUGGAUACAGUUGACUGUAAAACUAUCCAGGAUCAUCUUAACAGUUUCCAACAGAAGACAACAAACUUCAAGCCUGAAGAGGACCAAGAUGGAGCGGUGGAGAUUUCAAGGUCGGCUUUUGUGGAGCUGGUUCAGACUUUGCUUAGAAACCAAUCAGAAAAGGAGCGUUUUUUCAAGGAUGUAUUCCCAGUACAAUAUGGAGUUCGUUUUGAUACAGCGCUGCAGAUCCUGGUGUGGGAGUUCUUUUACCGACUGGAGAACUUCCUCCCAGUACCAAGUUUUUCACAGGUAUUCUCUAUGUUUGACCUUUCAUCCUUCGACUAUGAGAUGGAGCAGUUUGUUUCUGAUCCUGAAGAUCUGAAGAAGAUUUUGCAGCAUCAGCAGGAGCAUCAAAAGAUGACUAAGAAUGAAUUCACCUUCAUGCCAGACACUAUCCUCUCCGCACUCACAUCUAAACGGACUUCAGAGGCAUCUGAGGAUCAUAGUGACCGCAAAAUAAACAGGGGAGGUAAAGACAGAAAACAAGAUACUGAGAAGUCACAAGAAAGAAAUCAAGAAAAGAUCUGCAGCAUAGAAGACACAUGUGAGGACGAUGGAGAGACUGACGACAGUUCCAGUGAAGUUAAUCCAUACUCUCGGCCGCAGGACUGCGGACUGUCACCACUCAGUUCUUCCCCGUGUUCUGAAGAAGGUGGUGCAGCAAGUGACAGUGAAACAGUUGGUGAAGCCUCCUUCCAGCAACCUAGAUGCUCAAAAAGGUCAAUGAAAGGAGCAAAGGAACAUCUGGAACUGAGUAGAAACAAGGAGCCAGCAGAAGAGAGCACGAUCAAGUCCUCAACAGAAGGCAGAUCUGAUGUCUCCCCUCCGUUCAGGGAGGACGCCAUAAGAGCCAAUAAAAACACCUGCCUGGAGUGUGGCAAGACUUUUGCAUCUAGUUCCAACUUGAAAAACCAUCGUUAUGUUCACUCUUCGGAGCGACCAUUCAAGUGCACUCAGUGCGAAAAGACAUAUAAAAGUCCUAAAGAUCUGAAUCAGCAUUUCCUUAUUCACUCUAACUCUGGAGCGCUGUCCUUCGCUUGCAGCCUUUGUGAGAAGAAAUUUAGGUCCCACUCUUCGCUUACAGUUCAUCUGCGACGUCACAAUGGAGAAAGGCCGUUUGCCUGCUCGUACUGCGACAAGAAAUUCCUGACAAACUCAGUCUUGAAGUCCCACAUGCGCAUUCACACUGGUGAACGCCCGUACGCCUGUACUUUUUGCGACAAGAAAUUCACACAGCUCUAUCCGCGCACUGUUCAUCUCAGGAUGCAUAUGAAAGAGAAGCCGUAUCUGUGCAGCACCUGUGGUAUGUCUUUCUGUAGCUCCGGCGCCCUGCUGGUGCAUUCACGAACUCACACGGGGGAGCGGCCUCAUCAGUGUGAAUCCUGCGGAAAAAGUUUUGCCUCAGCUGCACAGCUAAUAGUACAUCGUAGGUACCACACAGGAGAGAGACCAUAUCCUUGCUCACAAUGUGACAAAUCCUUUCACUGUAGUUCAGGACUGAAGAAACACAUGAGGACGCACACGGGAGAGAAACCUCACCAGUGUUUAACGUGUCACAAGACGUUUUCACAAAAGUCUAACAUGAAAAUACACCUCAAAGUCCACAAGAACAUCUAGCAUACUGUUGUACAUACUGUAUCUUAAGUAAUAGAUGACAAUUGGUGCAUUUUUAUAUCAGUAAAUUACUAACAACAUGUAUGUAUCAAUGUGUAUGUAAAUAUUGACUUGGAAUACUCAAAUAUUACACGUAGUGAAUGUAAACACACCUUAUGUUUUGGAGACCAUAUUAUCAGAGAGAAUUAAGUUUUUUGUUAAUUCUAAAAUCAGGUCUUAAUUAUAAGCUAUGUUAAGGUUAAGGAAAGCCUCUUUGUGACUUUAUGACAAGUGAUCUUUUGUACAGUGAGAAUGUGGACAUAUGUGUGUACAAUGUAUACAAAUUUUACCCAGAAGAUAAAAGCUGUCAACAAAGAAUUCAGAUUAUCUCCUUUAUUUGUGCUAAAUAUUACUUAUGAUGAGCUUCUGUCUAUAAGGUUCAUUCAUGACCCUAAUGAAUGUGUAGACCAGUGAUUUUAAACACUGCUUUAUUUUAACUCUCAAGAUACUCAGCCACGGAACUGCAGAAUUACGGUAAUAAACUUUUGGUUUUUCUCAAUACACUGCCCCAUCUUCUUGAAAGAGAGUGGUGGUUGGUAAGGGAAAAAGAAUUAUUAAAGUCUUGUCAAAGUACUCGUCACUGUCA